AUGAUCUCCUUUCAAUCCAUUAUCGAACUUAUUGAUAAUGUUCGAUUUGUACGCAUAUUUCCGUACAUGUCUUUGAUGGUCUACUGUGCAUCGCUAUUUGUAUGUGAGAGUGUUCGCAAGAGUCAGAGGAUUAAGAAUAUGACUUGGAUUGAGUCUUUAUUUAUGUGCUUUAUUGGUCAGUUCGGGGGAACAACAUUAGCUUCGUUGUUAAUUGGUCAACCUGUUCGGUUUUUGACAUCGGAUAAGUUGGUCGUUGCCAUGCUUGCAGCCUGGAUAACUAUCUUUUGUCUUCCUUACGAUAUUGGUCUUAAGCUGUUUCAGAAUCCUCUCAUUCGAUUGUUCUGCCGCUUCUUCCAGCUUCUCAGCAUUUCUUUCUCUGUUACCUCCUACGGAGUCGAUUACGUUUUCAAGAGCGACCACCCCAAAGCCAAAGUGGGUCUCUCGAUGGUGAUCGCGACAGGAACGAUGUCUGGCUGUGGUGGCGGCGUUUUGCUCCGCUACUACAACCUAAUCAAUGAAGACUUCACCGUUCCUCGUCGUAUGUCAGUCACCGACGAUAACAUCGAAACGCAUUCACAGAAGCUUCCGCAAGACUUAAUCCGUCCCACCUUGUUAGUUUUUUGA